AAUAACGUGGAUGGAGUGUUAUUUGAAUAGAAGGCUCGAAGGAGAAAGAGAGAGAAAAUGCGUUUAAUUGCGUUUGAAGAGUAACUUCUAUUCUACCCUUACCUUCCCCAAUUCAACUACGUUCCUUUCUUCCUUUAUCGUUUCCAUCAAAUUCAAAUUCCCCAAAAUCUAAUUUCUUCGAAUACAACCAAAUGAAUUUAUGAAUCUCCUUCUCAUUAGGUCACAAAAACGCGGUUUGAAUUCGAAUUGAUGUCUGCUUCUUCUGACGAUGAAGAGAUCUCCAAUCGAAACGGUUACGAAAGAGGAGGUAGUGACGGUGAUGACGAACAAGACGAAGAAGAUGCAACUGGAAAGAAGAAGAAGCACCGUACAAAAUUUGAUUUUGGAAAACGGUUGGUACUUAAUCAAUUUUCAAAAGCCAAGAAUCAAAUUCGUAGAGUUAGAAGCAAAAAACAUCUUCUUUCAUCCUCGUCAUCAUCAACAACAAUAACAACAGCGUCUUUUUAUAGGAAUGUAAAUGUGAGUAGCAGAGGUAAGGUGGUGAUUAUUCAAGAUGGAAUUUGUCUGUAUUGUUGGGUGUUUGUUCUGUCCUGUCUCAUUUUGAAAUUCAGUGGCAUUAUGUCUGAGAAGAGAACACUUGCGGUGAAUUUAUGGGAUGUUCAAUGAAAAUGGUUUAGUUGAGGGGCAAGGCAAGAAUAGCAUCAGAACAUGUAGAGAAACUCAUAGUGAGAAUAUCUGUUGUCAUUUUCAUUUAGAGCAAUGUGGUCCAUUAAGUUGUGGUUAAAAUAUGAAAGGGUGAGAACUGCUUGAUCAGCUGUUGGUUUGAAAGAGGUGGAUGAAAAUUGGAAUCCUUGACAUUCAGGAACCUCUACUUGUCCUACCUCUUUUGAUCGUCCGAGAAGUGGUGUAUUGUGUAUAUAAAAACUGAAUUCCCUGCUAUAUUCAUAAUCUCUUUGUUAGCUGUUUGAAAUUUUUGAUUGGUUUCCUCAUGUACUCAUCUUUUUCAUUCAUGUUUUGAGUCAUUGUUAUUUAUAAAAUUAGCAACUGAAACACAAGUCUUUGUUACUGUCGUUCAGUUGGAUUGAGUGGCAUGCUCUGAUUCUUAUGUAUAUGUUUUUGAGGAUAUAUGUUAAUGCCUCACAUAUUUUAAUCUUCAUAUAUUUGGAAAGCUGUAGAGAACUUAGAAACAAAAUUUGCAUUCUGGAUUGUAUACUUGGCUCAUAGAUUGGUAUGGCUUAUGUUAGUUGCUUUUGUUUUUAACA